AUGAAGUUCAUUUUCUAUUCAUUGCUUGCAUUCACCGCUUUGUCGGUUACUGUCCAAGGAUUCUCAACCAACGUUCGUGAGAAGAGAGAUGCUGAACUAGAAAAGCUCCCAACUGUUGCCAUCGAGGAGAAGACUUCAGAGAAAGAAGAAACUGGAGUACAAACGGCUGAGUCUAAUGAUACCGAGGAGAAGACUUUGGCAGAGGCAGGAUCUGAUGAGCCAAAGACCAUAUAUGCUGACACCGAAAAAGUUAUUGUUAAGAGAAGCGUUGCUUCAAGAAGAGCUGCUGCUGCUGCUCACCAGAAGAAAGCUCUAGCUAGAUUGAACGCUCUCAAGAGAAAGCAUCUUGUUGCUGCCCACAAGAAGAAGGCUCUAGCUAGAUUGAACGCUCUCAAGAGAAAGCAUCUUGUUGCUGCCCACAAGAAGAAGGCUCUAGCUAGAUUGAACGCUCUCAAGAGACAGCAUGUUGUUGUUGCCCACAAGAAGAAGGCUCUAGCUAGAUUAAACGCUCUCAAGAGACAGCAUGUUGUUGUUGCCCACAAGAAGAAGGCUCUAGCUAGAUUAAACGCUCUCAAGAGACAGCAUGUUGUUGUUGCCCACAAGAAGAAGGCCCUAGCUAGAUUAAACGCUCUCAAGAGACAGCAUGUUGUUGUUGCCCACAAGAAGAAGGCUCUAGCUAGAUUGAACGCUCUCAAGAGAAAGCAUGCUGUUGCUAGAAGAAACGCUAUUCAAAGACAAGCAAGAGCUGCUGCCAACAAGAAGAAGGCUGUCGCUUAG